AUGGCGCUGCUCCGCGUCUUCUGCCUCCUCGCCGCCCUCAGACGGAGCCUGGGCACGGACACGGAGGAGCGGUUGGUGGAGUACCUGCUGGACCCGGCACGGUACAACAAACUGAUCCGGCCGGCGGCCAACGGCUCCGAGCUGGUGACGGUGCAGCUGAUGGUGUCCCUGGCGCAGCUCAUCAGUGUGCACGAACGGGAGCAGAUCAUGACCACCAACGUCUGGCUGACCCAGGAGUGGGAGGACUACCGCCUGACCUGGAAGCCAGAGGACUUUGACAACAUGAAGAAGGUUCGGCUGCCCUCCAAGCACAUCUGGCUGCCCGACGUGGUGCUCUACAACAACGCCGACGGCAUGUACGAGGUCUCCUUCUACUCCAACGCGGUGAUCUCCUACGACGGCAGCAUCUUCUGGCUGCCCCCCGCCAUCUACAAGAGCGCCUGCAAGAUCGAGGUGAAGCAUUUCCCCUUCGACCAGCAGAACUGCACCAUGAAGUUUCGCUCCUGGACCUACGACCGCACCGAGAUCGACCUGGUGCUGAAAAGCGACGUCGCCAGCCUGGACGACUUCACCCCUAGCGGCGAGUGGGACAUAGUGGCCCUGCCGGGCCGGCGGAACGAGAACCCGGACGACUCCACCUACGUGGACAUCACCUACGACUUCAUCAUCCGGCGCAAGCCUCUCUUCUACACCAUCAACCUCAUCAUCCCCUGCAUCCUCAUCACCUCUUUGGCCAUCCUGGUUUUCUACCUCCCCUCCGACUGCGGCGAGAAGAUGACUCUCUGCAUCUCCGUCCUGCUGGCCCUCACCGUCUUCCUGCUGCUCAUCUCCAAGAUCGUGCCGCCCACCUCCCUCGACGUGCCGCUGGUGGGCAAGUACCUGAUGUUCACCAUGGUGCUGGUGACCUUCUCCAUCGUCACCAGCGUCUGCGUCCUCAACGUGCACCACCGCUCGCCCACCACCCACACCAUGCCCCCCUGGGUCCGCAGCCUCUUCCUCCGCAAGCUCCCGGGGCUGCUCUUCAUGAAGCAGCCGAAGCAGCAGAACUGCGCCCGGCAGCGCCUGCGCCGCCGCCGCCAGCACCACGCCCAGGAACGGGCGGCCGCCGCCGCCGCCGCCGCCAACCUCUUCCUCCGGGCCGGGGCCGGGGCUGGGGCUGGAGCCGGGGCCGGUGCCUGCUAUGCCAACCCCGGCGCUGCCAAGGCUGAAGGGCUCAAUAAUGGCUACCAGGAGGGGCAGGGGCAGGGGCAAGGGGCCGCGGGAGGCUGCGGCUGCGGCUUGGAGGAGGCUGUGGACGGCGUCCGCUUCAUCGCCGACCACAUGCGCAGCGAAGACGACGACCAGAGCGUGAGCGAGGACUGGAAGUACGUGGCCAUGGUGAUCGAUCGCCUCUUCCUCUGGAUCUUCGUCUUCGUCUGCGUUUUCGGCACCGUGGGCAUGUUCCUGCAGCCUCUCUUCCAGAACUACGCCACCAACUCCCUGCUGCAGCUCGGCCAGGGCACCCCCACCUCCAAAUAG